CUUUAACUUGAUUCAUCUUUUCAACAUCAGUCGGAAACUUUCUUCUUUCUCUCCUCCGUAAUAGUAGCACAUAGGCACACGUAGCCAUGCAUUCUCAAAACUAAACCGCUGGGCAGAGAUCAUAGUGAAUUUCGGGUCCAUGAACAAGGGGCAAUAGUCAGAAGAGGAUAGUUCUAAAUUAAAAAGCUGAGCAAAAGUAAACAUAUCUCUCCAGCUCUGCGUUACCAAUGCCCUAUCCAAUCUAUAUUAAAAUGUUCUUAAGUUUUACUUACCGUAAUUAUAAGUUAAAGGCAACUAAAAAUAAAAAAUAUACGCGGGCGGAAAAAUAAAAAUGUUGUUGUUGAACAAUAUUUGACGUCGUAUAAAGCGAUCGACCUUCACCUUUCUGUCGUUUUGUAAUGCACUUUUAUUCUGUUUUUGAGUGAGAAACUGGGGAUCGAGACGAGUACAACCGCAGUCCAUUCCGACCGAAACUUGGAUGUAUCAUCAUCCCUUCGUCAAACUGUGAGAGACUGACCCAAAUCAACUGCCACAAUUAGGCCGAUGACCCACGUCAUCAUCUGUAUGUGUCCCCUUCCCUCUUCAAUUUCAGCUAAUAAAAUCGGGUUAUCAUCCUAAUCUAAUCUAUCGAGUUAUCAAUUGAUUUUGCAAUCGGGCCAUAUUACCAAAUAUAUAUAUAUCAUGAGAGGCGUAUAUGGCGGAAGUCGGAUGUGGCACACAUUUACAUUGACCAGAAAUUUCUGCUCACGACACUUUUCUAGCAAACUGUUUAUUGGAGGUCUUUCUUAUGAUACAAAUGAACCUGUUUUAAAGGCUGCUUUUGAACAACAUGGUGAUAUACUAGAAGUUAAAGUAAUAUGUGACCACAAGAGUGGAAGAUCAAAAGGGUAUGGAUUUGUACACUUUACUUCUGAAACUGCAGCCACCACAGCACUUCAAGAAAUGGAUGGUCAGAUACUGGACGGCAGGAAUAUUCGGGUGCAAUUUGCACACAAGGGAUAACAGCAUGAAUUCAAGGAGGAACAAAGGUUUGGAAGGGUGGCAGAUUGCAUUUCUUUAUUCAACUUUUGACAAUGAACAAUGCUAUGUUAGUUUUCCUUGUUUGCUAUGUGAGGGAAAAUAUGUGGAUGUUUUUGUUCCAACAUUUUCUGAUAAAUCCAACUUUCAUAAUAACAUACUGAUAUUUUGAUUUGGGGACCUAACAA